AUGGUGAGUUUUCUAUCAAAAAAGUGUAUUUAAAUCCGUAAAAUCAAUAAUUUGCAGCUCUUCUUCUCAUUCUUCAAGUCACUCGUCGGAAAAGACGUCGUCGUUGAGCUUAAAAAUGACUUGAGGUGAGCUUUUGUUUUAAACAUGGAUUGAAGCCAUUUUAAUAAAAAAAUACAUUAAAAAUUUACAAUUUUACGCUCAUGAAAACCUCGUCAAUUUACCUGAAAACUUCAAACUUGUCGAAAAUCAACCCGGACUCAAAAAUUAUUAGAAAAAAUGAUCGAUUUUUAAGAUUUUUCCCAAUUUCGCAUAGUCAUUUGCCUUAAUUUCUGGCAAUUUUUAUUAAAAGUUCGGAAUAACAUGUAAUUUCACGCGCAAAAAUAGUUUCUUUCAGUAUCUGCGGCACUCUGCACUCGGUAGACCAGUACCUCAACAUGAAGUUGACCGACAUCACCGUCUCCGAUACGGACCGCUUCCCGCACAUGAUCUCCGUCAAGAACUGCUUCAUCCGUGGAUCCGUCGUCAGAUACGUCCAACUGCCGUCGGAUCAGGUCGACACGCAGCUUCUCGCCGACUCGUGCCGGAAAGAGCUGGCCGAAUCGAAGACAAAGUAG